GUUUUCUAUGUGGUCCUUUUAUCCAUAACCUCAAACGCACGUGUUAUGGUUUCAGAAUAGUGUAGUGUAAAAAUUUGUUUACAAUGGUCGCAAAACAGAAAAAGAAGUAUUCAACAGGUGAAGGAGCGCAGUUUAUGUCGCGCAAGCAAGCGCUGAAAAAACUGCAGUUGUCGCUUAAGGAUUUCAGACGUUUAUGCAUCAUAAAAGGCAUCUACCCCAGAGAGCCCCGUAAUAGGAAGAGAGCACAGAAGGGCCACACUGGAAUAAAAACGUUGUACCAUGUCAAAGACAUACAAUUUUUGCUCCAUGAACCCAUCAUUUGGAGGCUUCGUGACUAUAAGAUUUUCAACAAGAAAGUAGGACGUGCCAGGGCGACUAGAGAUUUUGAAAAAUUGAACAGAUACUUGAACAAUCAUCCUACACUUAAGCUGGAUCAUAUAGUUAAAGAAAGAUAUCCAACAUUUAUUGAUGCUUUGAGAGACUUGGAUGAUUGUCUCACUUUGUGCUUCUUGUUCAGCACUUUCCCUUCACUUAAACAUGUGCCAAGAGAUCAGUCUGCACUUUGUCAAAGAUUAACCAUGGAAUUUUUGCAUGCUGUCAUUGAAGCUAAAGCAUUGAGGAAGGUUUUCAUAUCGAUUAAAGGGUAUUACUUCCAAGCUGAAAUUAAGGGUGAAACUGUUACUUGGAUUGUUCCACAUCAUUUUGCAUUUGAACCGCAGCAAAGAGCAGAAGUUGACUUUAAAAUUAUGUCCACAUUUGUUGAGUUUUACACAAUUAUGUUAGGGUUUAUUAAUUUUAGACUCUACCAUUGGUUGAAUUUGUAUUAUCCACCAAAAUUCUCUUUAGCUGCACCCUCAGAAGCAGAAAAAGCACUGGUUGAUGAAAAUGUGUAUGUGGCUGAAAGAAUUGCAGCACUCAAUUUUCCAUUGUCAAAAAGUUCAAAUGAAACAGUGGAAGAAGAAGUAGAAAUAGACAACUUCAACACCGAAGAAAGUCCGGAGAAAAUUGAGGAACUUAAGAAAGAACAAGAGAAAAUCAAGAGAUUAAAAACACUUUUUAAAGGCAAAAAAUUCUUCUUAAACAGAGAAGUACCAAGGGAACCUUUGGUAUUCAUUAUUCGUUGUUUUGGAGGUGAAGUCUCCUGGGACAAGACCCUUUUUGUAGGCGCUACUUUUGACGAAAAUGACGAAUCCAUCACUCACCAGAUAGUUGACAGGCAGUCAAUGAGCAAGCACUAUAUUUCACGGUACUACAUUCAACCCCAAUGGGUGUUUGACUGUGUUAAUGCAAGGGAAUUGUUGCCAGUUAACAAAUAUUUUAUGGGCGAAAUUCUACCCCCACACUUAUCACCAUUUAUUGAUAAGGACAGAGAUCAGCAGUACAUUCCACCAGAGGAGAGGGCAUUGUUGGAUCCUUCCCUUUUGGAACAGAUGCAUAAGAAGGAUGAGCAGGAGGUGAAUGGAGAAGGUGAUGAUGAUGAAGAGGAUGAAGAUGAAGAAAAUGAAGGUGAGGAUGAUGAAGAAGGUGAAGGUGAGGAAGAUGAAGAAGAAGGAGAGGAUGAUGAAGAGGAGGAAGAAGCUGCUGGAUCAAAGAAACCCAAAUUGUCAGUAACACCUGGAGAGGUUUAUAAAGAAGUACCAUGGGAGAAGAAUAGGCAGGAAAGACAAGAGUUCAGAUUGAGAGAAAAGAUGAUAAAGAAAAAACAUAGGAAAUUAUAUAAGAGUAUGAUGGAAGGAAAGAAAGACAGGGCAAAGGAGAUUUGGUUGUUGCGCAAGAAAAGGCGACUACAUGAUGAAAAGGCUGCAGCUGAGAAGAAGUCAAAGAAGCAGGCAGUUAAGAAUGAAUCUAAACAAUCAGUUUCAGAGAAAAAGGUUAAGAAACAGAAACCUACCAAUAAUACAGUGAAGAAAACCAAGAAAUCUAAGAAUUGAGUUAUGAAUGUUUGUUACUGUAUAUUUAUAAUAAAAAUAAUUUUAUAUUGUA